UGUAUGUGAGGGUGUGUGUGUGAUCCAGACCCAGCUAAUGGAUGUCAGAUGUGUCUGUGUUGCUCUUGUUCGUCAUGGCGCCGUUGCAGCGCGGAUGAGAUUUUAUUAACCUCUCACGUCUGAAACUCUGAACUCCUAUCUGCUCCUUGUUUUACCCGCAAAUCUGAGUCCAUCUCGCCUGGAUCGGAACCGGCCAUGACCGUAGAGCAGAAUGUACUGCAGCAGCACUCUCAGAAGCACCAGCAGACAUUACUAAACCAGUUGAGGGAAGUAACUGGAACUACAGAUGUUCAGCUUUUAAAGCAGGCGCUGCAGGUCAGUAACGGUGACCUAGCUGAGGCAGUUGCCUAUCUCACGGAGAAGAACGCCAAGGUCCCACAGCAAGAUGAAGCCACAUACUACCAGACAGCCCAGGUCACCAAUGAUAGAUACAUCAGCGUGGGCAGCCAGGCUGACACAAAUGUAAUUGAUCUCACUGGAGAUGAUAAAGAUGACCUUCAGCGUGCCAUCGCUCUCAGUCUGGAGGAGUCGAACAGGGCCUUCAGGGAGACUGGAAUCACUGAUGAAGAGCAAGCCAUUAGCAGAGUCCUAGAGGCCAGCAUCGCAGAGAACAAGGCCAGCCUGAAGCGGACUCACACAGAAGUAUGGAGCGAUUCAGCCAAUCCUUAUGACAGGAAGAGGCAGGAGAACUGUCCCGUAGGGCUGAAGAAUGUGGGCAACACAUGUUGGUUCAGUGCAGUUAUACAGUCUCUUUUUAACCUGCUGGAGUUCCAGAGGCUGGUGUUGCAUUAUUCACCCCCUGCCCGAAUGCAGGACUUGCCACGCAAUCAGAAGGAGUUCAGGAACCUCCCCUUCAUGCAGGAGCUGAGGCGCCUCUUCUCGUUGUUGGUAGGUUCCAAGCGGAAGUAUGUGGACCCAUCCAGAGCUGUGGAGAUCCUAAAGGAUGCCUUCAAGUCCAGUGAGUCUCAACAGCAGGAUGUGAGCGAGUUCACCCACAAACUCUUGGACUGGUUGGAAGAUGCAUUUCAGAUUAAGGCAGAGGAGGACAGGGAGGGAGAGAAUCCAAAGAACCCUAUGGUUGAGCUGUUCUAUGGGCGGUUUCUGGCUGUAGGCGUUCUGGAGGGAAAGAAAUUUGAGAACACUGAGAUGUUUGGGCAGUACCCUCUUCAGGUGAACAGCUUCAAAGAUCUACAUGAGUGUUUAGAGGCGGCUAUGAUUGAGGGCGAGAUUGAGUCGUUGGAUUCUGCUGAGAACUCUGCCAAAUCAGGGCAGGAGCACUGGUUUACAGAACUCCCACCGGUUUUAACAUUUGAACUGUCUAGGUUUGAGUUUAAUCAAGCCUUAGGCCGACCUGAGAAGAUCCACAACAAGCUAGAGUUUCCAUCAAUGCUCUACAUGGACAGGUACAUGGACAAAAACAGAGAUAUCACCCGGAUAAAGCGAGAGGAGAUCAGAAGACUUAAGGAGCACCUGACUGUCUUCCAGCAGCGACUGGAGAGGUAUCUCAGCUAUGGCUCAGGGCCCAAGCGUUUUCCUCUGGCUGAUGUUCUCCAGUAUGCCAUGGAGUUUGCAUCCAGCAAGCCUGUAUGCACAUCGCCUGUAGAAGACAUUGAUACAACAGCACCACCUGGUGGCACAACUGCUCAGCUUCCACCUGCAGCAAGCACAGGGGAGCAACCAGAUGGGUGUGUCUCUGCUGAGGUCUCCAGUACCGGUCCACAGACACAGCAGCAGCAGCGGGUGCCAAUUCAUAAACCCUUCACCCAGUCCCGCGUCCCGCCAGACCUGCCCAUGCAUCCCGCCCCACGAAACAUCACAGAGGAGGAGCUGAGGGUACUGGAGGGCUGUCUGCACCGCUGGAGGAGGGAAGUGGAGAAUGACACCAGGGAUUUGCAAGCUAGUAUAUCCAGAAUCCACAGAACUAUCGAACUCAUGUAUUCUGACAAGUCCAUGAUGCAGGUGCCGUACCGGUUGCAUGCAGUUUUGGUCCACGAGGGUCAGGCAAACGCAGGACACUACUGGGCGUACAUCUACGACCCACAUCACCGGCAAUGGAUGAAGUACAAUGACAUCUCUGUUACAAAAUCAUCCUGGGAGGAGCUGGUGAGAGACUCAUUUGGUGGAUAUCGCAAUGCCAGCGCGUACUGUCUCAUGUACAUUGACGAUAAAAAACCCUUCCUCAUCGAAG